UCUUGAUAUAACUAAAUCUUAACCAGGGCAUCUUGAUAUGAACGUGUGGCUGAGGACCUCAUGGAUAGAUGAGCGUUUAGCCUGGGAUCCUAAAGAAUAUCAUGAUAUUGACUCCAUCAGAGUUCCAGCUCAUAAUAUCUGGAUUCCUGAUCUAGAGGUUUAUAACAAUCUAGAAUAUGGAUCAGAAUAUAUCAAUGAUGUUCUGAAGUCCAGAAGCACCAACACUGUUGUUAUGUCUAAUGGUUUGGUCAUCUUUGUUCCUGCUGCCAAGCUGACUGUUCCAUGUAAUGAUAAGGAGUUUGCUGACUGGCCGUGGGGAGAAUAUGAUUGCUCCAUCAAGCUUGGAUCUUGGACUUACAGCGGAUAUAUGAUUAAUCUACAAAAGUGCGAGGAUAAGAACUACAUCACCAAUGAAUCUGUGGAAGAGGGCAUUUCCCCAGUUUUCUUCACAGAGAACUCGUUCCAGGAGGAAUCCUUGAACAGUGAUUUUUAUCCUUGCUGUCAGGAACCAUAUCCAGCUCUUCAUUACAAGUUCAAAGUUCAGCGUGGAUUCCAAAUUGGAGCAGAUGGCAAGCAAGAAAACCCCUCACCAGUUCCAGCCUAUAAACCAGCAAAAAACUAAUUAUAUUGAAAAUUUGAAAAUUUUCUCUUUUUUGAUUUAAUAUUUCUCUCUUUACAUUAAUUCUAUAGAAUAAUAUUUGUUUAAUCCUCUAUGCAGUAUAUGUAUGUACCAUCUUCAAAAACAUUUCUGUAGAUUUUAAAAUUUUACGAUUAAAUCAGGAAUAAAGGUAUCUUCAAAUGA